AUGAGAUUUCGACGCCUGACCCCUGGCUACUUCCGGGUGCUACAGAUGCAGAUAGCUGGGGAGCUCAAAGCAGAGCCCCGGAGUCCACUGGCCGGGGUAGUGGCUACACUGCUGGCUGUCCUUGGACUGGGUGGCUCCUGCUAUGCUGUCUGGAAGAUGGUGGGGCAGCGGCGGCCGCCACAGGCCUGAUGAUAAAGUAGGCAGCCUCAUGCCCGGGUCCUGGGGGAGGUGACUCAGUGGGGGCU